AUGAUGGUGGAGAAUACUUUGCUGCGCAAGCGUAAACAAGAGAAUAACAAUGUUAAUCUGUGAUAAAGUCAACGAAAUGACGACACUAACAAAAUGUAAGGAAGCGUUGUGAUACAAAAUGAAUUGCUCAGUUUUUUCUUUAGAAUUGUCUUUAGUUUCCAAGAAAGGGAAUUUAUCUUACAAGGAUGCGUCGUCUUCGACAGUGUAAACUUAUUUAGAGAAAGAGUUGAAUAAAAGAACGGAAAUUUGGACUUGAAAUUUUGGUUUAGAACUCAAAGAAAGUUAACUAAAAUUUUGCUUGAUUUGGAAAAAGCUGGUAAGAUUAGUGACUAUACGUACAAAAUAUUAUACUGACAGUAGUGACGGCUUAUGUCCACGUUUUCAUGGCUUACCUAAAAUUCAUAAACCAGGAAUUCCUUUGAGACCUAUUGUCUCUUUAGUUAAUUCCCCGACUUAUGCAAUUUCUGGUCAUCUUGCGAGAAUUUUAUCGCCUGUUGUUGGGAAUACUGAUUACACUGUCAAAAAUUCCUGCGAAUUUGCGGAUUUCAUAGGAGAUAAAACUCUUAACGCUUGUGAAGAAUUAGUAUCUUUCGACGUUGUUUCGCUCUUCACUAAAAUCCCAGUUGAUCUUACCGUUAAGGUUGAGGAGGAGAGACUCAGAAAAGAUGCUUCCCUAGGACAAAGACCUUCUUUGCCUGUGGAGGAUAUUAUUCAUCUGCUGUCUUUUUGCCUCAAAACCACGCAGUUUGCAUGCAACAGAACCUACUAUAAACAGGUUUUUGGUACAGCUAUGAGUUCACCCGUCUCUGCAGUCAUUGCCAACAUGAAGGGCCCUAGCCACUUCACCGGUUAAACCCUUUUUCUGAAAACGAUAUGUCGAUGCGAGCGAAGUUACUUCCGUAUGAAGCGGAGACACUUUUGUAUGGAGCGAAGUAACUUUUAUUGUGGAGCGAUCCAACUUCUGGCUAAAGCGGACUGACUCGGAGCGAUAUAACCAUGGAGCGAAGUGACUGGAUACCCGUAAUAAGAAUAACUUUAUCUGUAAUAGUGUAGUUUGAUCGUCCGGGUGAGUGUAGUCCUGAGAAGGACUGUUGUCAGUAGUGGUGACUGACGUUUCGACAACCUGAGCGGAAGUCAUCAUCAGAGUCAAGUGAAAGGUUGUUGUCAGUCGAAUGUACUUAGUCCGGUUUGUGUACACUGAUUGGUCAGUUUUGCCGUGAUGUUAUUGGCUGUAAGACUCAAGUGGCGUAGGUCAGUCGUGAUUGGUCUGUUUGGAUCCGUUAGUGAAGUUAGGUCGUUCUGUUCGGUUCGUUUGUAAUGUUAAUGUCGUGGAUGAGUCGUUUGUAUGAUGCCGGUAGUGGUUGACACCUGUUGAGGGAUGUCUGUUCCAAGUUAGUAAACCAGCUUUCCAGGGUCAGUCGUUGAAAGUAGUUGGUGCUGUAGGAUAGGCAUUGCGCAGAGUUCCAGUCAAUAGUGUGGUUCGUUAGUCGGUGAUGUUCAGCAAUGUGAUUGUUGACAUCGCCUUUCCUCGUUGCUCGUUUGUGUUCAGUCAGUCUGGUUGCGAGGUUCCUGCCAGUCUUACCGAUGUAGGAGGCGUGUCAGUCGGAGCAAUUGAUCUUAUAUACUGCUCCUUGUCUGUUCCUCGGUUCGUCUCUGUCUUUGAUGUUAGUCAGUAACUGACGUAGUGUGGUAAUAGGUUUGUGAGCGACGCGGAUAUUGAAUGGUAGUAGGAUGCGUGAGAUGUUCUCAGAUAUGCCCUUUAUGUAUGGUAUAGUGGCUGUGGUCGUAUGAGUUGCGUUGUCGUCAGCUUCGGUAGUAGUAGUAGGUCUGUGAGUAUUACGUUGAGUAUUACGUUGGAUACCGUGUUUUUUCAAAGAACAACUACAACGAAGACUUUAUCCAAACGAGCGACGAGGGAAGUCGAUGUCAACAAUCACAUUGCUGAACAUCACCGACUAACGAACCACACUAUUGACUGGGACUCUGCGCAAUGCCUAACCUACAGCACCAACUACUUUCAACGACUGACCCUGGAAAGCUGGUUUACUAACUUGGAACAGGUUCCCCUUAACAGGUGUCAACCACUACCGGCACCAUACAAACGACUCAUCCACGACAUUAAUGACUUUCGCUCAGGUUGUCGAAACGUCAGUCACCACUACCGACAACAGUCCUUCUCAGGACUACACUCACCCGGACGAUCAAACUACACUAUUACAUGUUACCCCCGGGUUCAAACCAUUUACUGAAUAAAUUUAUCAUUCUCUCUGGCAAACUCCACUCGUAUUUAUGUCAUAAGAGCACACUUUAUGUCGAUUAACCGGUGUAAUAAACCACUUAGGGUGUUGGGGAAACACCCGAAAAGUUCGAAACGUUUAAUAUUUAUUAGAAUUGCGUUACUCAUCACGGUCACGGCAGAAAAACCAGACUGCAUAAAUUACCAAACCAUUAAAUAUAUUAAAGUUCACACGGCAACCAGGUGGACAAUCAGACAUAGUUUGAAGCUACACUGGUUUGCAGAUUUAAUGAAUGUAACCGAAGAAGUUACAAUUCAUAGACCCAACGUUUCGACACUCCUGUCUAGUGCCUUCAUCAGGGGUGAUCUAAACGCUUCUAUUCCUUGCAAUGACUGCGACAACGAAUACAUCGGACAGACCAAACGCCAGUUUGGUACACGGUUAAAAGAGCACCAAAAAGCGGUUUUUCUUUGCAAAAAGGAAAAUUCAGCUUUAUCGGAGCAUACUUGCCUAACCAACCAUACAAUUGGGUGGGAUAAUUCUAAAAUUAUCACCACUAAUCGGCGUUACCACCAGCGCCUUUGUUUGGAGGCAUGGCACAUUAACUCCGCCCACGCUCCUUUAAAUCGUGACGAUGGCGGUCUGCUUCCUGACGCCUAUUUACACCUCGUCAGAAAAAAAGGCCGCUAAUUAGUGAUCAUAAAAGGACCUCUUGUUGCAGCGUUUAGAUCACCCCUGAUGAAGGCACUAGACAGGAGUGUCGAAACGUUGGGUCUAUGAAUUGUAACUUCUUCGGUUACAUUCAUUAAAUCUGCAAACCAGUGUAGCUUCAAACUAUGUCUUACCAAACCAUUGUUUAACGUAGCUAGUUGGUCGACAUUGCGUAUACUCUUCAAAGAGACUCGUGAAACUCGGUAUAUAUGUGUGUAUUUUAUUUUCAUAUUUAUUCAAACUGCUUUUUGUAUCCAAAGUGUUUGUGAAUUGAAAAAGGUCUCCUUCUUACUCAUUUUAACAAGCGGCCAACGAGCUGCCUAUGGAGUCAUUAGCGUGGUUUUGUGGACCUUUUACAAAUUGUUUAACUCAUGAAACAAACCAGUUAGUGAAUUUUCAUCGACACUGUCGGAAAGAGAGGAUUAAAAAUAGAGCGGAAACUAAUAAGGAUCGGGUGCCACGAAGUCGCGAAAUUUGGAAAAGUAUAUAAUGGUACGGGAAGUAAUAUUACUGACUUUGCACAGCUAUAUUUUCAUUCGUUUCACACAGAUCGCCGCAAACUUGGCCGAUCGUUCGAUUUUAGAGUUCCCUUUGCGGCAGUUUCUUUGAAAGCUCGCCGGCUAGUCAAUCUUCCGUUUAAAUCUGGUACCGAAUAAGAUCUGGUACCGAAUAAGAGAUUUUUCUCCAUGUAUAUUCCUAGUUCGACCAUGAACAAUAUCACAGGUUCAGGCCGGAGUAAAUUUUGUUCCGCCCUAGUUAUGUGAAUGAUUUGCAUCAUAAUCGAAUCGAAUCGAAUCGAUGGUCAAGAUCCCGGUAAUUCUUGACGUUCCUGGCUAAUUAUAGCGAAAUUUAAACGAGUCGAACAAGCAAGGUAAAACGAAACAAAGCGAUGUGAAAGACGAUUGUGGCCAAAAAAUCUGCUAUUACUCGAGUCUUCAACCGACGCUAGUCUUCAACCUAAACUAACGAAAAAAUAACUAAUCAAGACAAAACAAGAGCUAAAAUAACGCGAAAACUAAACUAGGCAAAAAAGAAAAAGAAAAAAAUAAUAGAAAAAAGAAGCUCGAACAUAAUCUUGGCGCCUAAUGAUUCAGUAGGGAAUUAUCUUGACCAAUGAGAGCUACAUGUUAGACAAGAGUAUUCAAAACGAUCCUGAAGAGAUUGGAACAAAACGCGUAAAGGCGAUCCCGUGCGAAAAAUUACUCUAUCAUAAUAAUUCGACCCCUCCUUUGUAUUCAUUGGAGUGGGACCACACGCCUUGCGUAGAGACUAUGUGUAAUUUUGCAGCCAUAGAACGUUUUACAAUUAAAAAAAUUAAUCCUAUUCAACGAUUUUCUAUUUCGUUUGCUCCUUAUUUUUUUUUCCGGCAGUUACAUAGAGGGACGGGAAAUUCGUUGCGCUGUUGUUGAAUCAAAAGCUUUGUCGUGCAUCGAGUAUAAAGUACGAGAAAAUGACAUUCGAGGAAGUGAAGACAAGCUCAGCUGCAAUGAAAAAGGAUUACCUGUUGGUAAGUACUGGAGAUACAUGUCCUUAUUCCCACAACAACACUAG